AUAUCCAAGGGAAAACAUGAGUAUGGGAGAGAAAAUUAUCCCAAUAAUGAAACUGAAACCUCCAGUUAGCUAAUAUUAUUGAACUGAAAAUUGUUUCCGACCUUUGCCAAUCUUUUCACGAACAAUUCAUUUCCAAUAAUAUCCCGCUCAAUUGCAGACGUCUCCUAUUGAGGCAAAAAUCAAAAAUCAUUUUCUACUUGUGCAUAAAUGCUGUCACCAUCGAGGUGAUUGUGUCAAAAUUAGGCAAAUAAUCCGUCUCCCUCCAUGAAGAUCAGGACCCCUUGAACAGGAUACCAAGAAACAACUCCCUGUAUGUCAAAGCUGGAUCUCAGUUCCAUUCAAUCAGUCAAGGUGUCGACAUUCACCAAUUACAACUCCUGACGUGAACAAGCAAGCUGUAUUUCACACUUUGAAGCAUUCUCCGCCUAUAUCAAUAAUACAUUACAAUCACAGCUGGAUCAAGAUGCGUUUUCUCGCGAUUGGUUUGUUGGCGAUGUCACUCUUGUUCUGCCAAAGCGUGUCCUCGUUCUACCUCAAACGAUCAGACAGCCGCUCUCAUUUCUCAAUGCUCUCAUCCCCCUCACGUCCAGAAAUAGUCCCAUCCGACUCAGAGGUCCCGAAGAACCACAGAGUGGCAGUAGUCCCCACCAAUGGGCGGUCACGAUCCAAGCGUCAACUCGUGUUACACGGAGACGAUCCUCAAACCGCCAUUAUUCGCGAAGGUGUGGUGAAGGUCAUCGAGUUUGUGGGCUACGCUCUGGCCGAAUUUGCCAUCCCAAGAUGAUCCUAUUCCAGUCGAUAUUAGGUUAAUAAAGUCAUAUAUAUCUAUGAAGGAAGUGAUGAAUGAAUAUCAAUACACCAUGUGCCUCUUUCGCUCGCUA